UCUUGGAUGUCAUCACAAAAAUAAAGUAGAGGGGCAGAAAACAUAAAUUGAAUCACCAGUCAUCGAAACAUUUAAUACGUUAGUUAUUAUUUAAACGGUCAACAGCUAAAUAAUAUAAUUGUUUUCUUUACUGGUCAUCUGUAAUUAAGACCAGAAUGUUAAAAAAACUGUUAAUAAUCUUCUGCGCAAUCGUUUACGGAUCAGCAGCACCUCGCUGCAUAGAUUUGUGCACCCCAUCGCUAAAUGCCCACACAUCAGAAUCACUGACAGCAUUCGGAACUCACAGUUCUUUAGCCCAGCAGCAGAGUACUCUGCGUGAGCUUCAUCAAUCAUUAACAGAUCAGCUUCAGUCUUCGCGACUUAACGUCAACUUCGACCAUCCUGGAAACUGGACUGAUCACAAAGAUUACCGAACCCCCGACGGAGCUGGACAAGUUCACGAGGAAGCUGGCCAGCUGGUAAACGGUGGUGCUCAAGUUCGUUACUACAAAAAAAACUACGCUGCUACUUACGGCACCGGGUCCAACAAUUUAGGACUCGGCCACAAUUUAAACAGCGAGAGUUUACUGCAAGAUGAUCUGUUACACUCUCGUAAUCUUGGACUUCAGUCUGUUCAUAAUUACGGACACGAUCAAAGUCGUUUAGACUCUUCAAGAUUUCAAGAAUCUACCAACACCCAGUUGUACAAUGAUCGUGUCAAUGGUGCAAGUAAUGACAACUGGAGCAGAUUUAAUACCUACGGUGUCGAUGGCGGUCGUGGUAAAGUAUCCGAAGAAGAGGGCCAGUACACUCAAGGACCUGCUAAAGUCCGGUAUUACAAGAAAAAUUACACAUCUAGUUACACUUCCAGUGGAACACCAUUGGUCGUUCCAAUAAUUACUGACGUAACAAAUCUUGAAUCUCAAGCUCAACGACUUGAAUCGCAGUUGAAUCAACUCAGCAGAGACUCUCAACAUUCUCAAAGUAUUCACAGUGAUAAUUCAGCCCGACAGACUGAAUACGGGCAAGUUUACACUCAAAAUAAUUAUCCCCAGCAUUACGACCGUCCACUAUCAACAGAGCAGAGGUACCAGCAUACUUCUCAACAACAACAGACUGUUAAAACCGGAGGCAGUGGCUACAUUCCCGUACAACCUGUAACACACUUUAAUUAUGUAAUACCAGACACUGAGCUUGAGAAUGUUCAGACAAGUCAACAUACCAAUCAGCAGGCAGUCCAGACACAGCAGACACAUCGAGCUGAGAUUGAUGAGACGCAUCAUAAUCAGCAAGUAGGAGAUAUCGUUCGAGUUCCUCUGCACCGCAAUGAUUACGGCAGCAAUGUAAAUACUUACAUAGAAGAUUCUAGAAGGCAAGAAACAUUAACUGCAGAACAAGCUCUGCGCAACCAGCUAAGGGACAAUAUUCAGUAUGCAGCUGUUCAAGAUAUUCCAACGCAUUCAGGAAGACGAGUUGAAGAGCACUGGGAGUCUAAUUCUAGACACAGAGUCGAGUCGACUAUCCCGCAUCACGUUGAAACUGUCCCAAUUGGAGGCGACCUAACUCAUCAGAGAAUAAGCCAAGGAUUAGGUUAUUCAAACCAGGCUCGUCAUGUGUCAGGUGGAUCUUCGUCUUCGUAUCAACACCAUGAGCAGUUUGGAAGCAGUGGAAGCUAUCGAGUUGGAGGUAUUGAUCUGGGACAUCAAGCUGCUGAUUGUGAUACUCUUGGUGGACAGCUUGGUCAGUACACAAAGAGACAUAAGAGAGACAUUGAAUUUGGACAGCAGAGAGAAAAUAUUGGGGGCUAUCCAUAUUCGGGGUAUGGACGAAGUCAUGAAGGACAUCCUCAUCAAGAUAACGAUCGUCAUAGACAUCAUGGUGAUGGUUUUGAACAAAACAGUGGAAUAGAUAAUCAUUAUCAGAAUCAGGAACGUUCUUAUCAGGACCAUAGACAUCAUGGUCAAAAUUUUGGUCAGCAUAGUCAAGAUUAUGGUCAGCAUGGUCAAGAUUAUGGUCAGUAUAAUCAGGAAAGAGGAAAUGGACAUUCAGGGUAUGGACAGAGUUAUGAGCAACAGUCUCAUCGAGAUGAUAAUCGUCACAAACAUUAUGGUCAGGAUUACACUCAGAGGUAUCGCAGAGAUGAGUAUCAUCGUCAAGAUCAUGAUCACAAGAGCCACGAAGGACACCCACAUCAGGAUGAUGACCGCCAUAGACACUUGAGCCGUGAUAAUGACUUUGAUAAAAAUGGAGGUCAUAGCCAUGACCACCAAAGUCAUGAAGGAAACUCUCAUCAAGAUAAUGAUCGUCACAGACACUCUGAAGGAGAACAUCGUUAUAAGCGAGAAAGUCAGCGCUAUGAAGAUUUUGACCAGCAAACCAAUGCUGGAUUUGGGGAUUUAAGCCAACAGACGACAGGAGAGUUUGAUUUUGGACAGAAUACGGAAAAAUUGACGCUUGAAAAGCAGAAUAUCGAAAAUUUGAAUCAAGAGGCUCAAGGAGUUGAUUUUUGGCAUAAACAGCCGAAGAAUUUAGAGUUUGGUCAACAAACAGAGGAUUUAUCUCAACAUAGUUUUGAUUUUGGUCAGCAAACAGAGGAUUUAUCUCAGCAGACGCAUAAAUUUGAUGAUUUGAGCCACCAUCAAUCGAGUGGUCAUGAGUUUGAUCGUCAUCAUAAAUUGGAAACUGGUAAUUUAGAAUUUGGUCAACAAACAGAGGAUUUAUCUCAACAAACGCAUAACUUUGAUUUUGGUCAGCAAACAGAAGAUUUAUCUCAGCAGACGCAUAAAUUUGAUGAUUUGAGCCACCAUCAAUCAUCAAGUGGUCAUGAGCUUGAUCGUCGUUAUCAUAAGUUGGAAACUGGAAAUUUGGAAUUUGAACAACAAACAAAGGAUUUAUCUCAGCAGACGCAUAAAUUUGAUGAUUUGAGCGACCAUCAAUCAAGUGGUCAUGAGCUUGAUCGUCGUUAUCAUAAGUUGGAAACUGGAAAUUUGGAAUUUGAUCAACAAACAGAGGAUUUAUCUCAACAGACGCAUAACUUUGAUUUUGGUCAGCAAACAGAGGAUUUAUCUCAGCAGACGCAUAAAUUUGAUGAUUUGAGCAGCCAUCAAUCAAGUGGUCAUGAGUUUGAUCGUCGUCAUCAUAAAUUGGAAACUGGAAAUUUGGAAUUUGGUCAACAAACAGAGGAUUUAUCUCAACAAACGCAUAACUUUGAUUUUGGUCAGCAAACAGAAGAUUUAUCUCAGCAGACGCAUAAAUUUGAUGAUUUGAGCCACCAUCAAUCAUCAAGUGGUCAUGAGCUUGAUCGUCGUUAUCAUAAGUUGGAAACUGGAAAUUCGGAAUUUGGACAACAAACAAAGGAUUUAUCUCAGCAGACGCAUAAAUUUGAUGAUUUGAGCGACCAUCAAUCAAGUGGUCAUGAGCUUGAUAGUCGUUAUCAUAAGUUGGAAACUGGAAAUUUGGAAUUUGAUCAACAAACAGAGGAUUUAUCUCAACAGACGCAUAACUUUGAUUUUGGUCAGCAAACAGAGGAUUUGUCUCAGCAGACGCAUAAAUUUGAUGAUUUGAGCAGCCAUCAAUCAAGUGGUCAUGAGUUUGAUCGUCGUCAUCAUAAAUUGGAAACUGGAAAUUUGGAAUUUGGUCAACAAACAGAGGAUUUAUCUCAACAGACGCAUAACUUUGAUUUUGGUCAGCAAACAGAGGAUUUGUCUCAGCAGACACAUAAAUUAGAUGAUUUGAGCCACCAUGAAUCGAGUAGUCAUGAGUUUGAUCGUCGUCAUCAUAAGUUAGGAACGGGAAACUUAGAGUUUGGGCAACAAACAGAAGAUUUGUCACAACAAUCUCAUAAAUUCGAUGAUUUUCAUCUUCCCCUUCGUCCAGUAGGAAGCCAUGAAUUUGGUCAGCAUCAUCAUGAAUUAGAGACUGGAAAUUUGGAAUUUGGUCAAAAAACUGAGGAUCUGUCUCAGCAGACACAUAACCUUGAUGAUUUUAGCCACCACAAAUUCAGUAUUCAUGAAUUUGACCGUCAUCAUCAUAAAUUAGAAACUGGAAACUUAGAGUUUGGUCAACAAACAGAAGAUUUAUCUCAACAGACGCAUAAUUUUGAAUUUGGUCAUCAAACAGAGGAUUUGUCUCAGCAGACGCAUAAACUUGACGAUUUUAACCACCAUCAAUCCGGUACUCAUGAAUUUGGUCGCCAUCAUAAAUUAGAAACUGGAAAUUUAGAGUUUGGUCAACAAACAGAGGAUUUAUCUCAACAGACGCACAAACUUGAUGACUUCAGCCAACACCAUUCAGAAAAUCAUGAGUUUGCUCAACAUCAUAAUCAGUUACACACAGGUAACUUAGAAUUUGGCCAACAAACUGAAGAUUUAUCGCAACAAACUCAUAAAAUUGGUGAGUUCAGUCAGCAUCAAUCCGGAAAUCACAAACUUGGUCAAUACGACAAUCAAUUACAAACUGGAAACUUAGAAUUUGGUCAAUCGAAUUCAGAGUUUGGUCAACAAACUGGCUUCAACCCAUCAACAAAUUAUCCUCUAGAAUUCAAACCAGCACCUAAGCCAACUCCACGACCUCUAAGAAUCGGUAAUCAACGAGGCGAUAUUGAACCAGAGUUAGUAGGUUCAGAAGCUCCGGUAAGUUCAGUGAAACCUGUAAUUUCAGUAAGACCAGUCAAAGGAGGCCGAGCUUAUACUCCUCGAGUACGACCAGCUCAAUACCAAAGUGACAUCCCAUCUACUGGUGUCUUGAGUCUCGAGGAACAGUCGCUAGCUCAAGAAUCAGGUAACUCUUGGCAUCAGUCUCAUCAUCCAGGUGACUUGACAAAUGACAAUCAAGAACAGCUAUCUCAAGUUGACUCAGUUACCUUACAGUCAAGAAUUUUGCAAGUUUAUGGUGGUAAAGGUCCCUACGAAGCUGGUAUUCAGGGAGACUACUCUGGUGUCAAGCCCAAUCCUUCGGCAACUCUAGAACCUCAGUACUACGGCAACGAACCCUGGGAAAUCCGUGAAGUUGCUUCUGAAAAAUUUUCAGCUCGUAGUUCAGCACCUCUUGACACAGUACCUGAAUUAACAACUCCACUACCCGAAACUACACCAUCUCCUGGAUUUUGGAAGAAAUUAGGUAACAAAAUCACUACCUCCUAUGAGAAGGCUAAAGACAAACUAUCUAAUACCUUCGGUUAAUGUUUUCAUUAAUUUAUUAAUAUAUAUAUAUUAUCUAUUUCUUAUAUAUUAAGUUAGAACUGGCUAAGUAACACUCUUCAGUUCAUUAGAUUCGUUUUAAUGAACGUUUAGUAUUAUAGGUAAUUAAAAAUAAAUUAAUUAAUUAUAGUAUAAAAAUGAAAUUAAUGUUCACGUAGCAGACAUAUAACAAAAAUUUAGAAAAUCAGCUGCUUACAAAUUUCGCAUUUAUAAAAUAACAAUUAAAUAAAUGUAUGAUUUUAUAAAUAACAUACUUGAUAAUU